AGAGGUCGUUCUUGUCAUAAGUCAUUCGGUUUGGCGUUGGCAUUUUUAUCGAAGUAAAACGGCUUUGUUAGUAUCGAAUAAAAAUGAGUGCUGCGUUAUUGUUUGCGUGUUCUCGUUGUUUUACUCGUCAUCCUUUCGAAGAUCUAUCUCCAGGUCAACAACUAUGCAAAGAGUGUCGCGGGGCUUUUCCAGUUGUUAAAUGCACCUAUUGUCGUUCAGAAUUUCAACAAACUUCUAAAGGCAGUACAAGUACAAUAUGUAAAAAAUGUGAACAAAACGUGAAAUCUUAUGGUAAACCGACUGCCUGCGAGUAUUGCAACAUCAUAGCGGCGUUCAUCGGGAAUAAAUGUCAACGGUGUACAAAUUCCGAAAUAAAAUAUGGUCCUCCGGUUAACUGCGAACAGUGCAAGCAAAAAUGCGCUUUCGAUAGACAUGACGAUGAUAAAAAGGUUGACGGCAAGCUUUUAUGUUGGUUGUGCACUCUUUCCUUCAAAAGGGCUUUAGCUAAGACUAAACAGGGGGAUGCGGAGAGAAGGCAUUUAAAAAUGGCUCAUUUACAUAAGAAACAUAAGGAUAAGCCGAGGAGUCACAGCAAACGUCCGAAUCGACCGGACGUUACGAAAAUACCGCCCCCCGAGGACGUGACCCCCAACAAAAUAGCUCGCAACAAUUCCGGAGCGCCAGUCCGAGGUGAUUUAGAUCCGAACAGUUCGGAUCACGUGAUCGCGAUGACUCAACUCAAAGAACAAAUCGCCAGUUUAACGAAGCAACUAGCUCAAAAAAACUCCGAGCUCUUGAAUAAAGAUAAAACGAUAACUGAAUUGAAGGCGAGCAAUUUCACGACGGAAAACGAGCUCAGGCAAAAAUUGAAGAACCUCCAGAAGGAGUACGACGAUAAAGUUGAUAAUUUGAAUAACAAAAUAUCGAGUCUUCUCAAAGAAAUAGCCAGUUUAUCGAAAUCGGCGAAGAAGGGUAGUAAAAAUUCGACGUUGGCGUCAAAUUCUGCAGCUGAUAAUAACAGCAGCGGUACGGAUAGUCCAAGUUUACAGUGAAUUAGUGUCGUAAGUGUUGAUAACGCGGUGGUAUUAAGUGAUGUGAUGGUUAAAUGAAAGCUUCGAAGCACCAUUUUAUAUAUGUACGUCUAAUUUUAUUUUUUUUUAUUUUGAGUACAAAAAUUGCAAAAAAAUAAUUAGGAAACCAAUAUUUGGUAUUCGGGAUGUUUUUAUUCAUUAUUCAGUAGAAAUUAUGGGAAAUGUUUCGCUUCACUGUCUCCUAUUUUUUAUUUUCGAUUCCGGUACCAAUUUUUUAAUGUUCAUUCCAAUCCGGGGGUGCCCACUUUUGGUCCGGAACUUGCAGCCCUUAUCUUGUUCGAAAAUUAGACAAAAACCUAAAUCCACACUGCAUUGGUUUCUAGAUUUCAUUAAUUUGGCCUGCAUUUGAUGAACUAUCCUUUCGACAAAGGAGUACACAGGACACUAAUGGUUUUUAGGGCUUCUUUAGCACUAGCAAAUACCUGACCCCACUUAUCCUGAAGUGUUUAAGUUGAACUACAGAAAUAACUGGUUUUACUACUGAAAAUAACGCCAUUUCGAUUUAGUAGUGAAUCAUCAAUUUUUCCGCUAUUUUUUUUUUUUGACUGCUUAAUCUCCAAAUCAGGGAAAUCCGUGUCCAGGAGGCAGAAAAGUCGAUGGAAUGGAAAAUGGAAACGUCCAGGGAAAUCUGGAACAGUUGGAAACCGUGUUCCAAUCUCUUUUUUUUUCUCAGUGUAACUUAUCACUUUGACUUUCCUCUUAAUUUAUCUGUUUUUUUUUUAUUGUUGUUGCUGUAAUUUCCUCAUUUCUUCGACUUUGUUAACAUUUUUCUUUUAUGCCCUUUGUGUAAUUUUGCAGAAAAAAGAAUAGUUUUGGUGGAACCUUUAUAUUUUCAUUUAUUUUUCCCCAAAAUUUUAUAUUUUUAUUUUGGAAAAACUUGAUGGUUUUCAACUUUUUUAACUAAAAAUUUUUUAUGGGAACAAAUCUGAUACAUUUUUCUGAAAUUUCCAUUAUUUUUUGCUAAUUCUAUUUUCAUCAUUGUUAAUUUCAACCCUUCAUGUUUUUUUCUUAGUGUAUCUCGUCGUUUCGCGUUCCCCCUUAAUAUAUUUGUUUUUCUGAUUCCCUUUCGUCCUUAUUCGUUAUUGUUGCUAUGAUUUCCUCAUUUCUUCGACUUUAUUAACAUUUUUUAAUGCAAAAUCUAAUAAAUUUCUACCGACUAGGC